AUGCGGAGAGUCGCCGUCAAAGUUCCAGUCUUUACAGGAAAGAGAAUGAGAGAGCAAGAGAGGAUACUGAGGGAAUGCGCAGAAGUGGACGUUAAAAACUGCCUGAGCAGUGGGCUAAUGUGCCACACCAAUGCAGAAUGCAUGAACACAAUCGAAGGCGGCUUCAUGUGCAUCUGCAAGAUGGGCUACAAUGGAAAUGGAGUCAACUGUGCCGACAUUGAUGAAUGCAGCAAUUCCCUGAGCCAAUGCCCUAAAGAGGCCACCUGCGUCAACAGUCCGGGAAGUUACACCUGCAUGUGCAAAGCUGGCUACUCUGGCAAUGGAUCUGAAUGCCACGACAUUGACGAGUGCCAGUCCAGCAAUGGUGGGUGCCACGUCAACGCAAACUGCCUAAACUCUGCUGGCAGCAGGAUGUGUAAGUGCCUACCUGGCUUCACGGGCAAUGGUUUCAAUUGCACAGAUAUUAACGAGUGCUCCACCCGGGGGAUCUGUCACUGGGAUGCCAUUUGUACCAACACUCCAGGCUCAUAUUCAUGCAGCUGCAAGCCAGGCUUCAAGGGCAAUGGCAACUACUUGUGUCUAGAUAUUGAUGAGUGCUCAGAUACCCCUGGCCUGUGCCCCACCAACAUUGGACAACAAGGAUGCAAAAAUAUGCCUGGCUCUUAUGAAUGCCUUUGUGUCAAGGGGUACCAGGCCAAUGGAAACAUCUGCAGUGACAUUGAUGAGUGCUCCACUAACUUUUGCAGCCCCUUUGCAAACUGCGUCAAUCUUCCUGGUUCUUACUCCUGCACAUGCAAAACUGGCUUUAUUGGCAACGGAUUAACCUGCGUGGACAUCAAUGAGUGCACUGGCACCAACAACUGCCAUCCCAAUUCCACAUGUGUCAACUUUCUAGGCAGUUUCAGCUGUACUUGUAAUACUGGCUUCACGGGCAGUGGGCUAACCUGCACAGAUAUUAACGAGUGUACCCGGCCAGGCCUCUGCCCUGCCAAUUCCACCUGUUUCAACACACAAGGAUCUUAUCUCUGCCAGUGCACUCAGGGGUUUAACUUCACUGGUGUCAAGUGUGAAGACAUCAAUGAGUGUGCCCAGAAACAGUGCAGCCCGCAAGCUUCCUGUGUCAAUCUGCCUGGCUCCUUCAUAUGCACCUGCAACCUAGGCUACGUGGGCGAUGGCCUCACCUGUGAUGACAUUAAUGAGUGCACUUUUAAGGAGCGGCUGUGCCACCUGAACGCAGUCUGCACUAACCAACCUGGCUCCUACUCAUGCAGUUGCCAAGUGGGCUACUCUGGAGAUGGUACUUCACAGUGCGUUGACAUAAAUGAAUGUGCAGCAGGAAACGGGAGCUGUGGCACAAAUGCCACGUGCGUGAAUACUGCCGGGUCCUUCUUCUGCCAGUGCACCAGUGGCUACCAGCUGAUUAAUAACACCCUCUGUGUCGAUGUAGAUGAAUGCCGGAAAGGUGCUUCCAUCUGCCAGGCUAACGAGGAAUGCAUGAACACGCCUGGAUCUUACCAGUGCAAGUGCAAACCUGGCUUUGCCAAACAAAAUGGAGUCACAUGUAUAGAUGUUGACGAGUGCCAGGGCAAACCGUGUGAUGCCCUUGCAUCUUGCUUUAAUACCUUUGGGUCUUUUGUUUGCACGUGUAAAGCUGGCUAUACAGGAAAUGGCUUGAAGUGCACUGAUAUUGAUGAAUGCAGCCAGUCUAGUGCUUGCCACUCUCAUGCCUCCUGCACCAACCUGCCAGGGAACUUCUCAUGUCAAUGCGCUGAAGGGUUCGAUGGGAACGGCUUCUCCUGUGCAGAUAAAAAUGAGUGCACUCUAAGGAAUGACACCUGCCCUCUGGGUACUGUCUGCCUAAAUUCUGCUGGAUCCUAUGCAUGCUCAUGUUUAAAUGGCACUCUGGCACUCAACGGGAGCUGUGUGAGGCCACUCGACAACUGCAUACCAAAAUGCAACCCAAAAGCUCUGUGUCACCAAGCGGGUCAAGUGUUCCAGUGCGUCUGUGAUUCUGGCUUUGAGGGGAAUGGAGUCCAGUGUCAAGAUGUGGAUGAGUGCAAGGAGAAUGUGUGCCUGGACCGCCAGAUGAUAUGCCUCAACAUACCAGGCUCCUUCACUUGCAUGUGUAAAUCAGGGUUCACCCUCAAUGGCACCUCUUGCCAAGAUGUGGAUGAGUGCCAGCUCAGUGUCCCGCGGUGCAGCUCCUUUGCAGCAUGUACCAACUUGCUGGGAGGUUACCAGUGUAAGUGUUUGAAUGGAUUCACAGGAGACGGAUUCAACUGCCAGGUCCGUGCCUUAACCCAAACCCCUGAAUGCAUGGAUGGCUGA